GACGCCUCUCGCAUAAAUACUCAACACAGCUGAGGUGAUGAUCAGACGCACCAAUUUAUAGAGCUGUGUUUUGUUCUCAGACUUUUCCCCCGCAGAGUUACUUUCGGUUUACGUGAACGUGCUGUGCUGCCGUGGAGAGAGGAAAGAAAGAGAAAAAGUAGUCCCCGGCUGUCAUUAGAUUCCCCAAUCAGCAGAAUUGGCAGCAGGUGUGAAUUCAUGUCUGUUUUUUCCCCUCAUAUAUAUUGCCCAGUGUUUGUUCCCGGCCGAGAUAUGACUGAGGUGAUGAUCAACAGCACCCCCAUGGAGGACAUGAGGCUCAGCCCCAGCAAGGACAGACUCUCCUUUCAGAUCUUCCCGGACCCCUCAGACUUUGAGCGCUGCUGUAAACUCAAGGAUCGUCUGCCAUCCAUCGUGGUUGAGCCGACAGAGGGAGAAGUCGAGAGUGGGGAGCUUCGCUGGCCUCCAGAGGAGUUUCUGGUCAGUGAAGAAGAAGAAGAAGAAGAGGAGGAGGAAGAGGAGGAGGAGGAGGAAGAGGAGGAGCAGAAUAAUGGCAACAUCCAAAAUGGACAGCCAACACAGAAUUCUCAGCAGUAGAGGCUGUGUUGCAGCACCCAUACUGCCCCAUUUCCUCUUUCUUUCUGAUAGACUGUCUUUUCCUGGUUACACUGCACCUCAGCACUCCCAACAAGCUGGCAGACACGGAUUCAGUGUUGCAAUGCCAUCUCGUUGCCCUUGACACCAAAGCCAUCAAUCCCAAAAGAGAAGCAAUACACCCAGGCGACACACUCUCACACAAUAACUUGUCCUCCUGGACUUCAAACCCGCAAAACCGGACUUGAAAAGGACUGACAUGCACAACCAAACCAUGCCCACCACCAUGUGUGUCUCAGCCCAGAACAGAUGUCCUGUUGCACAGCGGCAGCUCGGUGCUCCAUGGACAGCUCUUACACUGCAGGGGGCUGCAACUGCUCUGUGCUUUACUCCAAAAUGGCUGGCGUCAUGACCCCAGAGAUUUCAUACUGGCAUACAGAUUUAUUGUGGUUCCUGUGGAGAUUUAUCGUCUCCAGUAACAAUGUCCAUACCUGUGUUGUCAGUUUCUGGAUGUUAGUUAUUGUGAUUGCCACUGCUUUCCAUAGAUUUGUUUCUGAGAAGUGUAUGUUUUGUGAUUAGUCUGUUUUUUGAGAAGUGGGCGUUUUGUGUAAAAUUUUAUCCAACCCCCCCCCCCUGAGAAAGUCAGGCAUUCACAGUGAAAAGGCAA